AUGAUUUCUUCCAGAAGCUUGUUAACCGCCCUGGAUAUGGGAUUCACUGCCAUCUGGAUAUCUCCAGUUGUAGAACAAGUCGCUGAUCCUAGCCGGGGCUUUCACGGGUACUCAGCUCAAAAUUUAUAUGGAUUAAAUAGUCACUUUGGAACUGCAUUGGAUUUGACUGCGUUGGCUAAUGCGCUUCAUAAUCGAGGAAUGUACUUAAUGGUUGAUGUCGUGGCAAACCACAUGGGAUCUGACAAUACUGCCCACACUGUCGACUAUAGCAUCAUGAAUCCAUUCAAUGAAAGCAAGUACUUUCAUGAAGUCUGUUUUAUCACUGAUUAUAACAACCAGACCAAUGUCGAGCUAUGCCAACUUGGAACGGAGAAAUAUCCAUUGCCGGAUCUGAACACUACCCAGCCAGCCGUUCGCAAUUUUCACACUACUUGGAUCAAGUCUCUAGUGACCAAUUACUCAAUUGAUGGAUUAAGAGUGGAUACAGUGAGGCAUGUAGAAAAAGACUUUUGGCCUUUAUUCAACGAAGCUGCCGGUGUCUAUUGUGUCGGUGAAGUUGCAGAUGGAGACGUAGAUUAUCUUUGUGAUUACCAGAAUCAUAUGGACGGUCUCCUCUCAUACGCUUCAUAUUACCAGCUAAUACCAUUCUUUUCCAACAGUUCCGCAACUUCAGAAAAUCUGAUAGGACAAAUACAACACCAGAACACGCAAUGCAAAGACACAACACUACUUGGUACCUUUACCGAAAAUCACGAUCAACCGCGUUUCGGAAAUUAUACAAGCGAUUUGACACUCGCCAAGAAUAUAAUCACUUACACGAUGCUCGCAGAUGGUAUACCGAUUAUCUACCAAGGUCAAGAACAACAUUUUCAUGUCGCUUACUCUGAUCCCCAUAAUCUCGCUUUUCGGAAGGGUGACUCAACUCAUAUGGUUCUAAUGGUAUUGAAUAAUAUCGGUGGAGCCGCAGAUGAUUAUACGGUAGAGAUGGAGAAUGUAGGAUUUGAAGCUGGAUUGAUCGUGAUGGAUGUGUUGAGCUGCAGAAAUGUGACAGUGGAUAUGGACGGUGGUAUGACGGUGCCGUUUGUGAGUGGUUUGCCGAGUCUAGAAUUACGGGCUGAACGGAAAUUUAAAAUCUGA